UGGAGUCCCUCCGUCCACGUCACUGCCUACGUAUUUGAGUCACUGUAAAUGAUUUAAUGGUCGGAGCACCGCCAUCAUUCCUGCUUUGGCGGACGGCUUUAAAUCCAAUAUGAUAUUGGGUUGUCAAAUGGCGAAAAAAAAUCAAACUAAUUAUUAUAAUUAAAUUGAAAGCUCAGCUUCAGUUUGAGUUUCUUCGGAAGGCACAUGGAUGCUUGGAGGACACUCUAGCCAAGUACCUGUUUAUUUUUAGAGACUUGAAAUUGAACUGCUAAAUUCCAGCGACAAAUAGAGAAAAUAAAUUUCAAUAAAUUAUCAAUUGCAUGAGCAUAGGGUUCAGGAGGUGGUUGAAUUCAUCGAAUUCAUUGGUGAAAAUGGCAGAAGAACUCAAUUCAUCUACAACCACAACUGCUACAGCAAAACAAUGGUCUUUUUGGCCCUCCCUUCUUCGUUGGAUACCUACAUCUACUGAUCACAUCAUCGCUGCCGAAAACCGCCUUCUUUCUCUUGUUAGGACUCCUUAUACUCAAGAGCAGGUCAAUAUUGGGUCUGGUCCACCAGGUUCAAAAGUUAGAUGGUUUCGAUCGGUGAGCAAUGAACCAAGAUUUAUCAAUACCGUUACUUUUGAUAGCAAAGAGGGUUCUCCUACUCUUGUUAUGGUCCACGGAUAUGGUGCCUCUCAGGGUUUCUUCUUUCGGAAUUUUGAUGCCCUUGCGAGGCAUUUCAAAGUUAUUGCUAUUGAUCAGCUUGGCUGGGGUGGUUCAAGCAGGCCUGACUUCACAUGCAGAAGUACUGAAGAGACUGAAGAUUGGUUUAUUGAUUCCUUUGAGGAGUGGCGCAAAGCCAAAAACCUUAGCAACUUUAUUUUGCUUGGGCACUCUUUUGGAGGGUAUGUCGCUGCAAAAUAUGCUCUCAAGCAUCCUGAGCAUGUUCAGCAGUUGAUUCUGGUAGGACCAGCUGGAUUUACAUCAGAGACUGAACAUAUGUCCGAGCGGCUUACCCAGUUUAGAGCAACAUGGAAGGGAGCCGUCUUGAAUCAUCUGUGGGAGUCUAAUUUUACCCCGAUGAAACUUGUCAGAGGCUUAGGCCCAUGGGGUCCAGACCUAGUUCGCAAAUACACUAAUGCUAGAUUUUCUGCAUAUUCUAAUGGAGAUAGUUUGACUGAGGAGGAGUCCAGGCUACUCUCAGAUUAUGUAUAUCAUACCUUGGCUGCAAAACCGAGUGGGGAGCUAUGUUUAAAAUAUAUAUUUUCCUUCGGAGCAUUUGCCAAGAGUCCUCUUUUAUACAGAGCACCAGAUUGGAAGGUGCCAACAGCUUUCAUAUAUGGAUACGAAGAUUGGAUGAAUUAUCAAGGAGCGGAACAGGCUAGGAAGAAUAUGAAGGUUCCAUGUGAAAUCUUAAGAGUCCCUCAGGCUGGUCACUUUGUAUUUAUAGACAACACAGCCGCAUUCCACUCCGCUGUACUCUAUGCUUGCCGUAGAUUUAUCUCACCACAGAAGGACAAUGAGCCACUCCCUGAAGGCUUGAUAUCUGUCUGAUGGAGAUACAUUGCCGUGGUGUUUUCAUUGCGUGUGUUGUAGGUAAAUAGUGUACAAUAGCAUAUUAGCAUUGAUUUAAUAUUCUCUCAAAUGUGUUUACUGGUCUGAGUGACGUAACUUACCAGUUUCUCAGAACAUAAUAUCAAUGUUGAGGAAGACAUGAAUGGGUAGCAUUCUUGUUCUUCUGAUUGUUCGUUUCUUGUAGGAAGUCAUGCACAGAUAGGUCGAUGAUUUGUGUUCUUGAAAUUACAUUAAUUUUUUUUUUAUGAAUAUUGUACUCAAUAGUUACGAAAGCAAUAAGAUGAUGUACAAAUAAUUUUGAAUUGGAUAUAUUGUCCAUACCU